AUGGCUUCUAACCCUCCCGCUCGCUGCUGCACCCUAGGAACGCUCCACGAGGGCGAGCCCAAGGGCAAAAUCAUCAAAAUUGACAACACCAUCGAGGCCUACGUCGCCACGCCGGCCGACAAGACGGCCCGCAAGGACGUCGGCAUCCUGUACCUGCCCGACGUCAUUGGCAUCUGGCAGAACAGCAAGCUCAUGGCCGACGCCUUUGCCGAGCGCGGCUACCUGACCGUCGUCGUCGACCUCUUCAACGGCGACCCCGUCCCGCACAACCGCCCCGAGGGCUUCGAGCUGAGCCAGUGGGUCGCGCACGGCAGCAGCGGCGACAACCCGCACACCAAGGAGGCUAUUGACCCCAUCAUCGUCAAGGCCAUCCAGGCCAUCCGCGACAUGGGCGUCAAGCACAUUGGUGCUGUCGGCUACUGCUUCGGCGCCAAGUACGUCGUCCGCCACUACAAGGACGGCAUCGAGGUCGGCUACGCCGCCCACCCGUCGUUUGUCGAGGAGGAAGAGCUCGCAGCCAUCACCGGCCCCUUUGCCAUUUCCGCCGCCGAGACCGACUCCAUCUUCCCGGCCGAGAAGCGCCACAAGUCGGAGGAGAUUCUCGCCAAGACCAAGCAGCCCUACCAGAUCAACCUCUUCUCCGCCACCACGCACGGCUUCGCGGUCCGCGGCGACCUCAGCGACAAGCAGCAAAAGUUUGCCAAGGAGCAGGCCUUUCUCCAGGCCGUCACCUGGUUCGAUCAGUACCUGGGCUGA